UUCUUUCUAUAUAAUAGCAACCACUUUGUAUCCUAAGGUCACACACUUCAAUUCCCAUUCUUCUAAUCAUUCACUACAAUCUCACAAAACCAUGGGUUCAACAGGUGAAACUCAAAUAACACCAACCCAUGUUAAUGAUGAAGAAGCAAAUCUCUUUGCUAUGCAAUUAGCAAGUGCUUCUGUUCUUCCAAUGGUUUUAAAAUCAGCUCUUGAACUUGAUCUUUUAGAAAUCAUUGCUAAAGCUGGUCCUGGUGCUCAUCUUUCACCUGUUGAAAUUGCUUCACAACUUCCAACAAAUAACCCUGAUGCACCUGUUAUGUUGGAUAGAAUCUUGCGUUUAUUGGCUUGUUAUAAUAUUCUUACUUGUUCUUUAAAGACUCUAGAUGAUGGAAAGGUUCAGAGACUCUAUGGUUUGGCUACUGUUGCUAAGUAUUUGGUUAAGAAUGAAGAUGGUGUUUCUAUUUCUGCUCUUAAUCUUAUGAAUCAGGAUAAAGUACUCAUGGAAAGCUGGUAUCACCUAAAAGAUGCUGUCCUUGAUGGAGGCAUUCCAUUCAACAAGGCUUAUGGAAUGACAGCUUUUGAAUACCAUGGAACAGAUCCAAGGUUUAACAAAGUUUUCAACAAGGGAAUGUCUGAUCAUUCUACCAUCACAAUGAAGAAAAUUCUUGAAACCUACACAGGUUUUGAAGGCCUUAAAUCUCUUGUUGAUGUUGGCGGUGGAACUGGAGCUGUAAUCAACACCAUUGUCUCUAAGUAUCCCACUAUUAAAGGCAUUAAUUUUGAUUUACCCCAUGUUAUUGAAGAUGCUCCUUCUUAUCCAGGAGUGGAGCAUGUUGGUGGAGACAUGUUUGUCAGUGUUCCAAAGGCUGAUGCUGUGUUUAUGAAGUGGAUUUGUCAUGAUUGGAGUGAUGAGCACUGCUUGAAAUUUUUGAAGAACUGUUAUGAGGCACUUCCAGACAAUGGAAAAGUGAUUGUGGCAGAAUGCAUUCUUCCAGUGGCACCAGACACAAGCUUGGCAACAAAAGGUGUGGUUCACAUUGAUGUGAUCAUGUUGGCUCAUAAUCCAGGUGGGAAAGAGAGAACACAGAAAGAGUUUGAAGAUCUUGCCAAAGGUGCUGGAUUCAAAGGCUUCAAAGUUCACUGUUCUGCUUUCAACACAUACAUCAUGGAAUUUCUUAAAAAGGCUUAAGUUCUUUGGCAUGUUGCAUCUGAGUUUUGAGAUUGAGAUUGAGAUUGUGGUUGUGCUUCUACUUACUAAUGAUUUCCCCAAACAAUAUGUGAUUUCCACUUGUAUACGGUUGGAAAAUAAUAAUGAGAAAGUUCAUUGCAUUAUUGCCUAUAUAAAAUAACAUUGUUUCA